GCAACGUUGGACACAGGUCGGAUAGAAGCCGUGGCGAACACCGCAUUCGAUGUUUCUUUGAUGGUGAUGGGCACCGUAGCACUGUGCCAACCACGGUGUACUGGCUAUAGUAGUCGACAUAUGGAAGCCUUGGUACGACCAUUUGUUUGA